GCUACAUUACUUCUCCGACACUCUCCCUCUCUCCACUUCCACAACAACAACAACAACUGUUACGCUGACACUCCAACCAACAACUGCCUUUCCCUCACUUGCCCCCCUUUCCUCUCUCUCUCUCUCUCUCUCUCUCUCUCUCUAAACCAAAUCAUGGAACUGAGAAUCCAAAACUCCUGUAAUGGCGUCCCCAUCGCUCUCUUCUUCUUCUUCCUCAUUUUGAUCACCGCCACCGACGCCUCAAUCCACAUCUACGACAACCAAAUCUUCCGAGAAGUCGGCAACUCUUACCUCCUCUCCGGCGGCAGCGAAGGCAUUCUCGCUUCUCUCUCCGACGACGACGGUUCCUCCUCCUCCUCGAUCCACGAUGGCCGCUCCUAUAUCAGAUUUGAAAAUAUCACAUUUUGGAGAAGCAAGGCUGCUGCUAAGGGACGUCGUAGUGGGUUGGUACAAAUUAUAAUAUUUGAGGCUGCUGACCGUAACAAUAUCGGUGGUUCGGCUUAUGGUGGACAAAGAGCUAUAUGUUGUACUCCUGAUCUUGCUAAGAUGGAAGGUUGUAAGCAAGGUGAAGUCAUUAGGAUACCUUCUGCAACAGAGAUUAACUGGCCUAUAGUUUUGAGUGCACAGUUCAGAGGGAAUUCUCUAUUUGCACGCAUGCAUGAUAAGGAGGUUUCCAUCACAAAAACUGGAAUGUAUAACUUAUUUUUUGUAGCAUGUGAUCCAAAGCUCAAGGGUCUAACAAUGAAUGGAAAGACGUCAUGGAAAAACCCUGAUGGUUUUCUACCUGGUAGAAUGGCUCCAUUGAUGAGUUUUUAUGUUUACAUGUCACUUGCCUAUUUCUUGCUCAGCGUGAUUUGGUUCUCUCAGUAUGUGAGGUUUUGGAAGGAUAUUCUGCAACUUCAACAUUGCAUUGCGGCUGUAAUUGGUCUUGGCUUGUUCGAGAUGAUUCUUUGGCAUAUUGAGUAUGUGCAUUUUAAUAAUACCGGUACGAGGCCUGUUGCAAUUACAACAUGGGUUGUGACAGUUGGAGCUGUUAGAAAAACACUCUCUCGCAUUCUUAUCCUCUCAGUUUCAAUGGGUUAUGGUGUAGUGCGACCCACCCUUGGUGGUCUUACCUCAAAGGUGAUUCUUCUUGGAAUAACUUAUUUUUUGGCAACUGAAUUGCUGAAUAUUGCUGAGUAUGUGGGAACAAUCAAUGACAUAUCUGGACGAGCAAGACUGUUUUUAGUCCUGCCUAAUGCGUUUCUGGAUGCAUUUUUGAUACUAUGGAUAUUUACCUCUCUCUCAAGAACCCUAGAGCAGUUACAGGCAAAGAGAAGCUCCGUAAAGUUGGACAUAUAUAGAAAGUUCUCAAAUGCACUAGCAGUUACAGUGAUUGCCUCGAUUACCUGGAUAACUUAUGAGGUCUACUUCAAAGCGACGGACCCAUUUAACGAAAGGUGGCAGAGUGCUUGGAUCAUCACUGCUUUCUGGGACGUUCUCGCGUUUUCAUUGCUUUGUGUUAUCUGCUAUCUUUGGGCCCCAUCUCAGAGUUCUCAACGGUAUGCUUACUCAGAGGAACUGAGAGACGACUCUGAUGAUGAAGAAGCUCGGUCUCUGACAAGGGGAAAGUCAGAGGGUGAUCUCAGCUUAGUCAAGCAAGAGAGAAAAGAGAAGGAUGUUGGUGAUGACGACGACGAGGAAGAUGAUGGAGAAGAAAACAAGAGGGAAUGAUAAAAAGAUGCUUCUUUCAUCAGUGACCUUGUUUUUUUCCGCUGCAUUUUCCUCCUCGUGGCUCUUGCAAGAAAGGCAGCUCAUCAACCCGUUGGACAUAAAGCCUUUGCUUGAUCUGCAUAGAUGAGUUGUAAAGUUUUGCUACAAACUGAAUCUAUAGGUUGUUAGAUUUGUUGUAUUUGUUUAGUGUCAGUUUUGGUUUAUUGUGUAUGUAAAUCAUAUGGAUGCCCUGUUUUUAAGGAGAUGAAAUGAAGGAAGAAGCUGACUGUAUGAAAA